CUGAAGGGGAAAAUUUUGUGGAGGGUGGAUUGGAAAAUAAUCCCAUGAGACCCUUCCCUAUUUCAUUCGCUCCUCGCGUCGCAGCCGCUGUCCAAACGCAAGGCACCCAAUUCCAUUCCCCACCGGGCUCCCGCGGUCUCCUUCGCUCUCCUCGCCUCCCGGCAUAAUGGCAUUUGCUUUGCCCCGAGCCGAGCCGCGCGAUACGAAGCUGACGACCGGGAUGGAGUCGGACGCGUCCACCUCCCCGCGGCGGCGGAGCACCAGCUGCUACAGCGACAGCGGCGACUCCUCCUGCUCCGAGCCCUUCAGCGAGUGCGGCAGCGACGACCUCUCCUUCACGCCCGCCGCCGCCGCUGCCGCCGCGGGUAUCCACCGCCUUCUGCUGUCCUGCGCGGCCGAGGCGUCGGAGGACGCCAUCUCGUCGCUCGUCGGGGAGCUGGAGUCGCCGUCGCCGUCGCUGGACUCGCUCCGGCGCGCGGCGAUGGAGCUCCGGCUUCUGGCCAAGCACAACCCGGACAACCGGGUCCGCAUCGCUGCGGCGGGGGGCGUGCGGCCGCUCGUCGCGCUGCUGUCGCACGCGGACCAGCUGCUGCAGGAGCACGGGGUCACGGCGCUGCUCAACCUCUCGCUCUGCGACGAGAACAAGGCGAUCAUCAUCGAGGCCGGCGCGAUAAGGCCGCUGGUGCACGCCCUCAAGUCCGCCGCGUCGCCCGCCGCGCGGGAGAACGCCGCGUGCGCACUGCUCCGCCUGUCCCAGCUCGACGGCGCCGCCGCGGCAGCCAUCGGCCGCGCGGGCGCCAUCCCGCUGCUGGUCUCCCUACUCGAGACCGGCGGCGCGCGCGGGAAGAAGGACGCCGCCACGGCGCUCUACGCGCUCUGCAGCGGUGCGCGCGAGAACCGGCUCCGCGCUGUGGAGGCUGGCGCCGUGCGCCCCCUGCUCGACCUCAUGGCCGACCCGGAGUCUGGCAUGGUGGACAAGGCCGCCUACGUCCUCCACUCCCUGGUGAGUUCCACUGAGGGCCGCUCCGCCGCCGUCGAGGAGGGCGGCAUCCCCGUCCUCGUCGAGAUGGUUGAGGUCGGCACCUCGCGGCAGAAGGAGAUCGCUACCCUCUCCCUCCUGCAGAUCUGCGAGGACAAAGCCGUCUACCGCACCAUGGUCGCCCGUGAGGGCGCCAUCCCUCCCCUCGUCGCCCUCUCUCAGUCCACCUCCGCCCGCCCCAAGCUCAAAACCAAGGCGGAGGCGCUGAUCGAGAUGCUGCGGCAGCCGCGUAGCCCGAGCCUCCGCGCGAGGUCAGCGGCGGUCGUUGCGGCGGAGUGACCCUAUUCCAAUCCCACCCCACCUUAGUCGUGCGUGGCAACUUUCUUCACUUCUUCGGCGAGACGAGCCGGCGCCGGUCGGCCGGUCGGCCGGCCGGCCGGCGCGUGCGUGUAAAUAGCAAGCAGCGCGUUUGCGUCCGCGAGCGAGUGUACAGUUUCCUCAAGCGAGAUGUCGUCCGAAGAACCGAAGAGCAGUCUGGUCUCCCUGUAAUUUCCUCCUUCUCAUCCUUCUCUCUGUUUCAUUCCCUUUCCUCCUCCAGUUUGGUUGCUUCCUCGCCGGCCGUGGCGAGGCAAAGGUGUGUGCGUGUGCUGGGUCAGGAAUCAAUUUGGUUUCUGAUGUUCAGUGGACACGAGAAAAAGCCUCCGGUCUCUGAAGGCACCGGUUGGUUGGAAUUUGAAACAUGCAAUCGGGAUUGGAUGAUGCGGUUGAAUUCUGUUUUUAACGUCUUCGUAACAUUUUCACGCGUGUUCUCCUGCGACGGUGAGUGGCGGUUGCCGUCACCCACCACCGUCGCCCGGCCCGCCGGCCCCCGCUCCGUGGCAGGAACGGCGUGCGCUCGCUCGUUGAGUCGUUGGCCGUGACUUGGUAAAUCGGCAACCUUUACCGGCUCAACUAAUCGCGAUAGCUCAGGUUUUUCUAGUGCCAUCUCUGUCACGUUGAGCCACGGACAGGGAAAACCAGCCUUUUCUGCCGCUUCUUUGUGGUCUAGAAGAGUCAUCCGUGCUGUCGUAUCGGUAAAGCUGGGUAUCUUGCCUGGCCUGGUGGCAGGUUCAUCGUUCGUUCGCCUCCCCUGCAAUGCUGAAAACGACGUUGAUCUCUCUCUCUCGCAGAUGACCAUCUGACAGAUGAAUCUAGCCAGGCUCUGCUGGCACGUAGUUCCCGGAUCCGGAUAUCUCGUUUUCCGAGGCGUGGAGCGCAUGCACGCCGCCUGUUUCUUUCCUCGCUUCUUUCAUCGACUCUUUUUGUCGUUGCUGGAUUGGGUUUUGGUCUCUUGUGGAUUCUGGUGUGGGAAUGGAGAUGAUCAAGAGCACAUCAGUCACUUUGUCGUUUUGGGACUUGGCGCUGCCAAUCCGCUGAACGUGUACGCUGGGUGGACUCUACUCGUUUCGGAAUGACGUCGAUGCAUGGCAAGUAGUAGCGACCUGUGACUGAGAUAUUUUGUUUUGCUCCACGUGUGGUUUCAUCGCCUAUCACACGAGUUCAUUUGUGCAGACGCAACACUUGCCAGAAAACUCUUCCUGGAAUGCUUAGUCAUUAUGGUUUCAGAAAAAAGUGCUCAGUCAUUUGGGGGAGGUGGGUACUACAAAAAUAGUAGAAUUCCAAUGCAAGCUGCCACUGACAAUCUGAUGUGAUUAUGGAGUACUAAUUGAACUAAGUGUGAUGUAUUAUCACCACUGGUACAUUGAACUUAAGUACCUAAUCUUCAGGACUCUUUCCAUAUUAGUUAAUUCUACCCGUGUGUCGUUGACAGUCCCCACUAGUUGUGCUCUAUUGGAAAAUCCUGCGAAAUCCUUGCGUUGCAGCCAUGGUCCUGACACUGAGAACGCAGCUCGGUGAUUUCCUAAUGUACAGACACCACACUUCAGAUAGCAGCAGCUUUGCAUAAUUGCACUUCAUUUCAUUAUCCCUCGAGUUCUUUUACUGAAACAACCGAAGCCACUUCGUUCCAACAGAAAAAAAAAUAAA